UCAAAAUUAAAACUGCUAUUGUAGAAGCAGGUUUUCAAGAGAGUGGCUUAAACAUUCCCAGAUACUCUUCUCUGUGUUGCCACACCAUUUAAUUUAAACUUUAUGAAACAAAAACAAAAUGGCUUGCUUGUUGUGUUUUCAUUGUAUUUUUAAUGUGAUGGAAUUUGAAGUUAAUAUCAUAGAAUAAAUAUGAAUUGAAUCUAUGAUUAUAAUAUUAAAAUCAGUCGGUUAUUACGUAGCAAAGUUAGUUCUUUCUAGUAAAUUUAGUUAAGGGGAAAUUCUUCAGUGUUAUGGAUAUAAAAUUUCAUGUAAAUUUGAUAAAAGUCUCGGUGUAAAUAGAACGUUGGAUAUUGUAUGUGUUUGUCGUUAUGACUUCAGCAGAAGAAUUUAACUGCAUUUUGUGCAAAGAAACGUUUGAUAAUAAGGACGAAUUACAAAUUCACUUCAGGAAACAUGGUGAUCCUAAGUUUAAUGAAAGUAUCAAGACCAAAAGCCGUCCUCAGAAUGAGGCGCCGUUUGCGAAUGAAAAGUCGAACGACGCGUCAGAAAUGGUGAACUGCGAUGUGUGCGAUGAAGUGUUUCCUACUAUAUCUAAGGCCAUUACUCACAAGCACAAGGUCCACCCGGAGCACGAUGCGAAGUACUUCUGUCCUUGGUGCGGGAAGCUCUUCACGAUGAAGCACCUAUAUAAUAAACAUUUACAUACAAACCAUGAUGCUACUGAGGAGGUACCAGGAAGCAAGGAUAGUCAUUUCCACUGUGAUAGCUGUAGUGUUUACUUUGUGGUUCCGUCUGCCAUGGUGUACCACAACAAAUUCUUUCAUAGACAGGACUCAGAUUUACCUAUCAUUGGACACUCCAAGAAACAGAAAUUAGUGAAUCAGGAUCUACUGCCUGUAUAUUACUGUUCAUUCUGCGGAGAGGAAUAUAUUAACAAAGUCAAUUUACAUAAACAUAUGUGUGACGACCACGAGGAAGAGAACCAGCGUCCAACAGAUGUGUUACGGUGUCCACUCUGUGAAGCCGUUUUCUACCAUUUGGACGCCUAUGAGUUACAUCUCACCUUCCAUUCUUCAGAAGACCUGUACAGUGAAAAAAAUGAAAUGAAUGAAACUGAUAUAACAGAAUUCUCUCUAGAGACUGUGCCGCCGGUGAUGGAAAGGAUUGAAGAUUUGAACAAUUUACCUGAUGUUGAGACCGAUAUGAAUGCUGUUGGAAUCGAAAGUUUUCUCCAAAUGGCAAUGGAUGAACCAAAGGAUAGUAACCAGCUCCCUGGAAAGAAGUCCAAGAAACAUAAGAAACAUAAAAAAUCCAAGAAAGCAGCUAUUACUCUUGAUGAGUUCUUAAGUAUGAACCAAGAUGUAUUUGGUGAAGAUCUAGAUUUCCAAGGUAUUGAGGAAGUUCCUACAAAGGUAAUAACAAAACAACUUAAAAUAAAAAAACCGCAAGUUCCAAAAUCAGCUGCUAAACAUGUGUCAUCUGCUGACUUGCAAAAGUUACAAAAGCUAGGUAUUGCUGUUAAAGUUCCGUCUAGUAACAAACCACCUUUUCCAAAAGUAAAAUCAAUGGGUCAAGCUAUUAAAAUUAACCCACAGGUUAAAAAUCUUGUAAGUCAGCCAAAAUCAAACGUUAUUAGUGCGUCAAAUGAUGUUUUAUCAAAAUUACUCAAUCAAGGCAACAGUCAACUGAAAAUAGUGAAGAAGUCUGCACAAGAGAGAACACCCGAUAGCGAAACACGACUCAAAUUAGAAACAAUAAAUCAACAUCUUGCUGAUACUAUAGAAAGCCCUGAUGAAGGCUUGGAAAAUAAUAGUCAUGAAGAAGAAGAAACAGGCGCUGGCGCCCAAUCUCAUAAUCCGCAAUCAUGUAUUGCUAAAACAAACCAACGAGAGAUCAAUGAUAAAGAUACUAUAGUCGAAAAUAAUGAUGAACCAAUCAACAAAGAGUUUGCUAAUGCCAAUGUAAUUGAAAGAAAUAAAGAGUGCACCCGACAAGUCAGCUUACCAAAUGUAAGCAAUAACAGUUUGGCCGACCAAGACAAGAAUAACGUAAUCAAAAAUAUUGGAAUACAAAUAUCAAUUAAACCUAUCACAUGUGAUGAAGAAAUGAAAUCUGGCACUCCAAAUGUAGACGGUGAUGAACAAAAUUGUACAAGUAAUAUUUCGCAGAAAACGAAUACUUUAGAUACAUUAAAGAGUUUAAACAGUGCUAUUACUAUUAAAUCAAUCAAAAAUGUUAGCGUUUUAUACACUGAUAAAAACAGCACAAUAGGUAACGAAAAGACUGAUGCGAUGUACAAAAAAGGUUCUGCUCUUAAUUCCGAGAAUAAUGAUGUAGAAAAGGCUGAAGUUAUAAAUAAAGAAUUAUUUAAUCACAAAACUUCGCCUGCCUUAGCAUUACAAAGCAUAAGUAAAAACAUAACAGUAAAAUCUAUGUCACCCCUUAUAAAUAUCCCAAAAGAUGAUGAAGUUCACAGUGAAGAAUGUGAUGACAAUGAUGAUCCCAGCGACGACACAUUAAUUGAACGUAACGUAAGCAAUAACGGCAAUGUUAAGGAGCAGUCUGUUCCCAUUACAGCUCCCCAAGUGUUUAAGAAUAUCAGUAAAAAUAUUUCAAUUAAACCCGUGUCGCCAGUUCUAAAACAUACAAAAGAUGUUCCUAGCGGCGAUCAUAAUGACUGUGAUUUUGAUAGUUCUGAUGGUGAAACCAUAGUCAGAAAUCAACGUAUCAAUAAAAACGAAAGCGAUACGGAACAGCCGGUUCCUACUAAUUCAACGUCCCAUGUUUUAAAAAAUAUUAGCAAAAAUAUAACGAUAAAACCCAUGUCACCCAUAUUAAAACAACCAGAAGAUGUUCCUAGCGACGAACAUUGUGAUAGUGAUUUUGAUAAUCUGGAAGAUGAUACAUCAAUGAAAACUAAAAACAAAGGCAUCAACAAAAGUAAAGGACAGUCAAAUCACAUGACGUCGAUUUCUCAAGCUUUAAAGAACAUCAGUAAAAAUGUAACAAUAAAAUCCAUGUCACCUCUAAUAAAACAUUCAAAAGAUAUUGUUAAUGAUGAACAUGACAGUGAUUUUGAUAAUUUCGAAGACAUACCUAUUGAAAAUAGACACAAAAUUAAUAAAAGUACAGAACAAUCUGUAUUAACAUCAUCAUCCCACGUGUUAAAGAAUAUUAGCAAAAACUUAACAGUAAAGCCCAUGUCACCUUUAAUGAAAAAAACAAAGGAAGACGUACCUCAAGAGGAAAAUAAUGACAGUGAGUCAGAUAAUUAUGAAGAUACAUCGAUGAAAAGUCAAAAUGAUCACGGCUCUGCUUUGGAUAGGCUGAAAAAUAAACCCGGUAUAAAACUAAAAGCUGUUCAAAUGCCUCUCAUCAAUAAAAAUACGUCUGGAAACAUAAAUGAAAAUAAAACCGGCGAUGAAACACACAAGCAGACUAACAUUCAGUUCAGCAACAACAUCUUAAAGAAUUUGAAAAAUAUAACGGCGAAACCAGUACUUACAAACAAAAGCGUUAGUCAACAAGGAACAGUGAAAUCAAAUAACACGCCUGAUGCUAUAAAGCAAGGCAAUGUCACUAAACAAACAAUGCACACAAAAGAAAUGAACCAAGAUAUUGAAAUUUACAAUAUUGACGAUUCUGACGAUGAAUAUGAACAGCAAAAAACAAAUAAAAUAGAACAACCUCAAAUUAAAAAAGAACCUAUUAAAGCUAGCGUUAACUCGCCCGCCGUUUUAAAUGCUAUCAAAAAUAUGAGUAAACAUAUAACUCUUAAGCCUUCAAACAAUCAAACAGUAGUUGUCAAAAAGGAAGAAAACUUUUCAGAUGAAUAUGAAAUGCAUGAUGAUGGGGAGUUUAGUUCUAAUGAUGAUUUUGAACAGAUGUUGGAUACAUCUCAUAAGCCAACAUUUAUAAAAAAAGUUGACCAAAAUAAAAACAAUAAUUUGAAUAAUGUUUUUAAACAAUUAGGUCAACAAGUUACAGUUAAAUCAAAAAAUACAUUAAAUCCAUCAAAUAUGAAAUCUGUUCACCCUUCACAAGAUUUUAACCAACGCAAUAUUGAGCAUGACACGGAUAGUGAAGAGGAACUGUACACUGGUAAAGUAAAAAUAACUGAAGUGACUGAAGAUGACGACAACAUCGACCACGAAAACGAAGGGAUUGUUACUCAGUCUCCUGAAGAUAGUGGGGACGAGCAAUUUACAAAGGAAAUAGACGAUAUGGAUGACUUUAAUAGUCAAAAUAUAAAAGUUAAAUUAAAUGAAAAUCAUAAACCUAAUAGUCACGGUUUGCUAAAAAAUAUUAGCAAAAAUAUUAUAAUUAAGUCAAUAACUGAAAAAUCCGCUAAUUCUAGUGAAAAUGGAUCUACAUCUAAUCAAAAUUUGUGUAAAGAAUUAGUAGUGAAGCCCGUUGCACAAAACAAGCCUGACAUUAGCAGUGAUACUUCGAAUAUGCAUAAUACUUAUAAACGAAACGCUGGUCCCGGUUCUUCAAGUCAAAAUUCUCCAGCUGUGCAGCAGAAAUUUACAAAAGCUGGCGCAGUAAAUACUGUUAACAAAGAGGUUAAAGUCAAAACCAUUCAAUCUGAAACAGUGAUAGAAGAAAUUACUACAACCGUUACGAAAACCAUACGCAGAGUAAACCAAACAACAGUAAAUCAGCAGGUUGUCAAUGCCAGUAAAGUAUCGCCUGCUCCUAGAAUGGUAAAACCGCAGACGGGGCCUAGAAUGCCAAAUAUAUAUUCGUCUAAUAAUCUUAAAGGACUUACAGUAAGGCAGCCUAACCCUAGAACUGUUCAGCCUAAUCCUAGGACCGUACAGUCCAAUCCUAGGAUCGUACAACCUAAUCCUAGGACCGUACGGCCUAAAAUAAGGCAACAGGCCCCUAUUCGACCUCCCUCUAGUAUGUUAGUGAGACCAACCAUCUCAAAUCAGUUAGUACCUAUGCGGCCGGGUGUUACGCCAAUAAGGCCUAUGAAUCCAACAAUGCCAGUAAAAAAUGUGCCACGUCAACCGAGACCUGUCGGGCAACCAUUAAAAGUUUCGCCUAAUGUAGUAAAUCAGUCUUUGAAAAGACCAGGGAAUGAUGAAUCACCAGGACACUUUAGUUGUUUUAAGAAACCAAAAGAAUCUCUCAUUCCCGGCACUGAAACUGCAGAAACCAGUUCCAACUUUCAUUAUGCAUCCAGUUCACAAACCAGUAAAUUCUGUAGCACCAGUCAAACUGUGAAAGGUAACUCUGUCGUGACUUCUACACAAAUGAAAGCUCAGACAAUAACCCAACAACAACAAAUAAAUAAACUCGGUAAUAUUUCUGGGCUAAAAGUAGCUAAGACCUGUCAAGUAAGCCGGGUGGAGAAAACUGAAGUAAGCCCUUCAAAACGAACUGCACUGGAGGCUAUAGAGAAACUGCAAAAACAAGGCCUGUUGAUAAAGAAGCCCCGAGUUGAAGAGGAUCCCGAUCCACCAAACUCAGAUGACGAGGAGCAUGAACAGUAUGAUGACUAUGAUUAUGACGAAUGAUUUCAUUCAUAUGUAAUUGUAUACUAAUGUAAAUAAGUAAAAAUAUCAGUGAUAAAACUGUUAUAAAGAGUUGUGGUUCUGAUAGUAAAUAAGUAUAAAAAUAGCGAUGAAAAUGGAGACGAAGAACGAAGUGUCAUGUCUGUAUUAGUGUAAAUUUACCUAUGUGACGGUUUGUAAAUAAUAGAGUUGUACGUUUAUAUUUAAGACUCCGCAUUGAGGUGUCCAUUAGGUACUACAGUUUGUACUAUCAUACGUAUAAUUUAUCUUUAUUUUGAAUGUAUGAAAUGUUUAAUUUCGUAAAUAAUUUAUAAAAAAAUAUACUUUUACGUUAUGACAUGGAUUUAAUUGUCGAACUGUUUAUUAUUUAAUGAUUAAUGUUUGCUUAGGUACAAUUCCUAUCUCGAGAUUUUCUGAAUCGCAUACAAAGUUGCAGCAGCAAUGUUUUUUGUUACAAUAAUACAUUUAUGGAUGCUCA